AUGGUCUCGGCAACGGGCGAAGAGCGCGCUGUUCACCUGGCACGCGAGGCCGUCGAGUUAUUUGAUGCGGGUCACCGCGAUGCCGCAUCACGCAACCUCAGAGAGGCAUUGUCCAUCUCAAAGGAUAACCUCGACGUGAAAGCCGCCUUCCUCAAGAUUCAACAGGAAGAAGAAAGUGGCCACCCGCUCCUCGACCUCUGCCGUCGGUACGCAGCUCGUAAAGAUGAAGUUGCCGGCAAAGAAGCCGCCUUUUAUCUUCGCGCCGAUGGCCUGAAGCCUCCCGAGAACGUCGCCUUGGAGGCGCUGAAACUUCUACUCGACCAGCGGGCGCAUGUUCUCUCGGAUAUUCAAGACGAGAUCAUCUCCGGGCUAGUCCGCCAAAAUACCAGCGUCCGUCAAUACUUUUCCGACCAACUCCAGAUCUCUGUGACAACUUUCUUCGAUGAAAUCUUUGACCGUGGCGACGGAGCGGCAGUAUGUCUGGAUACGGUGGUCCUCGAUCCGCAGGUCUGGCCUUGCGAGGACAAGCGCCUCCACUGCGAGAGUGAGCUUUUCCAACUGUUCUUGGCCAAGUUGAUGGAAUCGGGCCAUGAUCUCGACGGUCGUGCUCUGAAGGGAAUCACUCGGUUAUUGGCGGUUGAUGCGAGCCGCCUGCAGCAUUUGGUGGAUGAUGAAGAGUUUGAGGUCAUCUUGACCUCCCUGGACAGCCGACUCCCUCUGGAGCUACGCAGUCAAGCUACCCUGGCCACCGCAAAGUACCUCGAGGUCUCCAAGGAGGCCGGCGAAAAGCAAUUCGCCAUGCUGAUCACCGCAAUGAUUGCCAAGGGUCGGUUGAAUGACAUGAUCAUCGCAUUCUCCGCGGUCGCCGCGGUCUUUCCCGUGGCCCCGAGUGCCGCUGCUGGGAUCUUCUUAUCCGAGGGAUUCAUGGCGGCAUUGAGUCCCCUGGCAACCCGGGAUGCCACCCGCAAGAAGGUCGAGCUCUCCAUUUUGGAGCUACUUAAUGCCGCAUGUAUCAACCGGCCCUGCCGAGAAAUCGUGACCAAAAACUUCUCGGACUGGCUGUCACACACCCUGACCAAUGGGAGUGACGAGGGCUCGGAGCUGGCCGCGGUGGUUUUGGCGAAGAUUCGCGCCUCCGAAACCACCCAGCCAUCGACCAAGAACGGUGAGGCCCAGGAGGCGAACGCAGGCGUGACGGACUUGGUGCAAAAGUUUAAGGGACUAAUGACUGAAUCCAAGGUUGAAAAUAUUUCUCACGCGGUUGAGGGUCUAGCUUACUCGUCCGUUGAGCCCUCGGUCAAGAAUCAAAUCGCUAUGGAUCCUCCUUUUUUGCGUAAUUUGGUCAACGUCUUGAAACGCCAUACCGCCGAAACUUCCGUGCUGUUUGGCGGCCUGAUGAUCAUUUCCAAUCUCACCAAAUUCCUUCCCACCAUGUCUGAUGAACAGAAAAAGAUGUCUCAGUUGAAGAAUUAUGCCGAUGCCUCUGCCGGAAAUGCGCGCGCCCCCGUCGAUCCUCGUGACGAAGAUGAUGCUGUUCUUGAGCGCUGCGGCGCUCUUGUGGACGCGGGGGUCAUGUCCCUUCUGGUCGAGUGUGGCCGACUAGCUUCCCCAUCUGCCAACGACUUGACUGCCAAGAUCAUGUUGGCCCUAGCACGGCGAUCCAAGUCCCGAGGUACGUUGGCCCAACAAGGUGCCAUCAAACUACUACUGGGACUGUCUGUUUCGAAGCCAAAUCAGACCAAUACAGUGUCCGAGACGAGUCGAACCGCAUCUCACGCACUGGCUCGGGUUCUUAUUUCGGUUGACCCAGCCCAUGCUUUUCCAUCCACCGGGUUUCCUCAAGCGACUUCUCCAGUGCGGCCACUACUUUCACUUCUGGCCUCUCCCAACGGCGCCACGAUUUCCGUGGACCAGCCUCGCGAUCUCCUGCCUGUUUUUGAAAGUCUUCUUGCCUUGACCAACUUGGCGUCUUAUCCGCGUGAUGAUUCCCCCGCCGAGUUGAUUGUUCGAGAGGGAUGGCCGGUCAUUGAAGACCUCCUCCUCUCUAAUAACUCGCGUGUGCAGCGGGCUGCCUGCGAACUAGUCUGCAACCUCAUGACUUGUGAAUCGGGAAUCAUCAAGUUUGCCGAUGCCACCAAGAGAGCUUCGCAACGACUGCACAUCAUGCUUGCUCUUACCGAUGCUGAUGACCUGGCUACUCGACGGGCGGCGGGUGGCGCUAUUGCGAUGCUGACCGAAUUUGAUGCCGCGGUGGCAGCAGUUCUCGAAAGGCCACGGGGAGUUGAAUUGCUCCUUGGUCUGUGUCAGGAGGAUGACGAUGCCCUCGUUCACCGCGGCGUGGUGUGUCUUCAAAAUCUCACCACGGCCUCGGGGGACAUUGGGCAGCGUGCCAGAGCUGCCGUGAAAGAGGCCAAGGGCGUCGAGGUUCUGACCUCGUGUCUCAAGAAGACGUCCAAUUCGGCCAUUAUACAGACUGGAGUCGAGGCGUUGAAGCCUUUGGUGCAGCCAUCAAGGGGCUCUCUGGCAGAGCAUCUCGAGGACCAAUCUUACAAUGAUCUGUGA